AUGUCCAUCCCGCAGCGCAACGCCCGUCGCCAUGCCCACCACGUGGGACCGACCAUCCGCUUCCGCCUACCAUCCCUGCCAAACGCAAUGCCGAUCUCCUACGAGCAGGAUCUCCUAGAGGAGAGGCAGCGCGCGCGUGUAGCAAGACAACGAGCAGUAUUUAGGAUGAGAGUAGACUCCAUCGACUACUUUCUAAGGGAUGAUGAAGACCACUUCCGAGCACUCGGCGUCCGCUACUUCUCCACGACGCCUCAGGCACGUGACAGGGCUCUAGCCCCUCUCCUUCCCUUCUCUAGACCCUUCGAAGUUCCUCAAGAACGCCAAGAUGAAGAAGAAGGCGAAUUAUUCACACACCACCGCUACGCCCGCCAGUUCCUCUUGUCAGCUCGAGCGACUUGGCCGGAACCUCGCGCCUACAACAUCCUCCGCCGCGCCCAAUUCUGCCAGAACAAGUUUUGGCGACAAAUGUCACAAUUGGAACGCCUGGUAGUUGCAAUUGAGAGAAUAGAGAGCACAAUGGGUCGGAAUGACACGGACCAUCUCCGCAUAAUCGAGGACUGGGAGGGAGAGGGCUUGUGGGUAGAUGAGCGGGUUCGGGAGUGGGUCAGCAGUCUGCCUGAGACAGCACAACAGUUGCGUUUGGGGCUUAGUAUGGACCGUAUCGUCACGAACUUGUUCACAGGAGAGGUAGAACAAGAGGAGUAG